GGCUUCGUGAGCAGCAAAAUACAAUCAGCAAAGACUUCUGCACACGGGUCCGUGACAUGGGGUCUGCCCUGAUUGGUGCUGCUAAGACUGAGAAGUUGGUUUCUUUCACUGAAAGUCUUCACUCGGAGCUGCUUAAUCAUCUGGAAAACAUCCAGAUUUCCCUGAGAAGCUACCGGAACUAUUUGGAGGAAUCUUUGGGAAAAUUACGAGAUUCGAAUGUGGAUUUUCUCAAAACUUGCAGAUUAUUUUCAGAGGGAGGUAACUUUUCUCCUGAAGAGAUGCAAUUUUUCUGCAAGCGUCUUCAGAAAGAAUGUGAACGUAUUGACUCUUUUGAAGGUUCAGUCAUGGUUGAUAUGGAAAAAAUGGAAUCUGACUACUUUGAGCAGGCUACUGAAAUUAUCAGCCAGUCUGAGACAAAAUUCCGUUAUCUUUCUAUGGAUCGAGCCUUUAUGGAAAAGAUCCAACGAUUUCUGACAAAUCUACAAGUGAAAAUCAAGUCAGAGGUUGCGAAUUCUAACGUGCAGGCAGUGACAUUGAACUCUAGUCUGGAGAAGCUCCAUCAGAAAAUAGAUGCUUGUGCUCAUCCUACUGCAGAUAAAGAAGCUCUGACUUCAGAAGAGUUGUAUGAUUUUUCCAGAAAAGUGUUGAAAGAACUGAAAAAGAGGAGCCAGUAUCUUGAUUGCUUGCUAGUAAAUGUAACCAGCCUUUAUGACAAUGUAAGAUAA